AUGGAUGCCGCAGUAAAAGGACUAUUUAGCGGUCGUGACACAGGAUCGGUAGCAAAGAACGCGCGAGAGGGUGCAAGUAGAGCUUUUAUAUGGGGUGGGAAAUGGCUGGUUUCGCUGAAAGGGCUUAGGGCAUGGUCACAUGGGACACACCUACUGAUGAGACCUGCUACCCGACUGAAAUCAGGACCGAAAGCUGAAGGUUCGUUAGGCAAUCGGGGGCAUGUCCUCGCCCAUAUUCAAACAUGUACGGAUAGAGUUUCAAAGGGCCAGAGGCGAAACAGGGGCCCUCGUUGCAGUUUGCCCGAGAACACGUCCCCCGGCAAUGAGGUUCAUCGGGACAGCACCUACUGGCAGAGCAAAGAACAAUGGUUUUCCCUGAACAAUAUUGGCGGCAACCUAGUCGGAAGUUUCCCCAGUCCCAUUGCGAAUAUUGUUAGAGAAAUCCCCACAGGUCCAAGGAUAUUGCUACAGAGCAAUGGCAACCUAUUUCACACAACACAACGUCUCAAUUGCCAGCUGAGUCAACUCUGUCAACUCUCUGCUAGCGGCAUCCGGCACUGCAUGCUGUGA